UUUAAUUCUUUUACGGUUUUACUCGAUUAACGCAUAAAGUAACAAAGCGUGGAUGUAUCGUACACCCUUUAUUUUAACUUGCUACAUAAACCUAACUACCAGUUUGUUACAUUGUUUUGUCUUUUGUAGUAAUACAGGUAAUUGUUAUCCCGUUUCCGUGCCGGGGGUCAACUGUCAAUUUUCAUAAUUACUUAUAACCAAAUCCACAUUAAAUAUGUUAUUAACUAUAAGCAAGUUGACCUGCAAAAUAAAACCACUUCUGAAUUAUAGAGUUUAUUCUAAGAAAAUAGAUGAAAUACUACCAAAAAAUUUAUUAGAAGAUAUCUAUACAGCAUCACAACAAAAGCAACUGGGUGUAAUUUAUGAUAAAAGGCCAUUUAAAAUUACACUAGAGAAAGACAAAAAGUAUAAUUGGUGUUCUUGCGGUAUGAGUCGACAACAGCCGUUUUGUGAUGGUACUCAUAAAAAUCAAAAACUUCGAAUAACAAUGAAACCAGUUAGAGUUCAAGUAGCUGAAACCAAAGAAUAUUGGCUAUGCAAUUGUAAACAAACAUCUCAUCGACCAUUUUGUGAUGGCACACAUAGACAACAACACAUACAAGAUGCAAUUAAGAAAUAUUAAUUACUGGUUGCUUAAUAUUUUUUGUAUAUUUUAUAAGAUAUAGUUUCUUUUGUUUUGGGCACAUAUUUUCAAGUGGAAAAAACAUAGUUUUUGAAAGAAUUGUUUUAAAAAAAAUUGUGCUAUUCUAACACUA